GGAAAAUACACUCCAGGGGCUAUCCCCCACUCCCAACACAGCGCUUCUAUAGACUGGAGUGACUAAGAGGAAGGACAGAGAGAGAGAGAGAGAGAGCAUCAGUCGGGAACAUAGAUCACACAGAAAGCCUGGGGGAGCAUUGCGAGCACUGUAACAGACAGAGAGAGGGAGGAGAGCAGAGCAGAGGAUACAGAGGAGGGGAGAGGAACUGGUUCCUGCCAUUGCACUGCUCUGUGGAUGAAAUCCCAGGUUCCCAGUGAGAGGCAAUAGGUGGCAAGUGCUGUGCAGAGAGAGGAGGAGAGAGACAGCAGCAACCACAGGGAUCCUGGGGGCUGACAGAAGAUCCAGGGCUUUGCAGUUUGAAUCCAGGAGGAGAGAGCAAAACCCCCCAAAAAAUGGAUGUUUUCAUGAAAGGCUUAUCCAAAGCCAAGGAUGGGGUGGUGGCUGCUGCAGAGAAAACCAAACAGGGGGUAGCCGAUGCAGCAGAGAAAACCAAGGAAGGGGUGAUGUAUGUGGGAUCCAAAACUAAGGAAGGUGUUUCAAGUGUGGUUUCAGUGGCUGAGAAAACAAAGGAGCAGGCCUCGUUGGUGGGUGGAGCAGUCAUCACUGGAGUCUCUGCCGUGGCACAGAAGACUGUGGAUGGAGCCGGUAACAUCGCAGCGGCUACAGGCUUGGUGAAAAAGGAAGAUUUUCCCACUGAUAUAAAGCCUGAGGAGGUCGGGGAAGAGGCGGUUGAAGAUUCCAUGGUAGGCAGUGAAAUGGAACCAGAGGGGGGACCUCACGUUGAACCCGAGGUCUAUGAAGAAGCUCCACAGGAAGAGUAUCAGGAGUAUGAGCCCGAGGCAUGAAGAACUGUGUAACCAAGACUAAAAAAAACACUGAUUACUGUAACCGUCCUUAAGUAAUACAAUAAUGAUUCCUUGACCUGACUUUUGUUAUAACCCUUUUGGUAGCCAUACUGUGACUGUACAAUGUAAUAUGCAAGGACCCAUUUCACUGUUCUCCCUCCCACUGAAAUGAGUCCUUGGCUUUGUAAUGAUGAUGUGUUUUGUGAACUGUUUCUACGUGUGAUUUUUUUUGUGUGUAUCAAGGAAAACAAAAUGACCAAUGUUCACGCUAACCUCAAGUAUGAUCUUCCAAUCUAAUAGCUGACCUAGCUGUAACUGAUUCCAUGUUUCAUAUGGACUGAUUUUUAUACAUCGUUUUACCUCAAUGUUGUUUGUGAAUCCAUUCGACGGAUAACAUGUGUUGCACUGAGAAUUUGUGGUCCGAGUCUGGUCUGAAUAUGUCGCGAGUCGUAAAACAAAGUAAGUGAGAUGUAUCUGUGUGCUGAGAAAAUAAAGUAAUAGAACCACGUU